UUCUGUAAUUCAGAGAUGAUACAAGAGGAGCAUAAAUCGUUUCCCCGCGAAAACUCAAUUCCGCCGUCGCACUCAUCGCCGGGAUGCCAACUAGUUCGGCCGCUGGACACGACGUACCGGCCACCUCCGAUGAAGGGUUCCGGCCUCCAAAAUCGUCAUUGGUUGUAGGCGAUCCCAGCGAUUUUUCUUCUUCCUCCUCCUCCUCCUCUUCCAUUUCUGGUGUGACACAGGCCUUUCAUUUCUCCUCUGGAAACCCCAGAAUCGAGGAGAUCAGAGGUGUCGUUCAUCUAUUCCGAGAUGACGUUUCCUCCUCAUCCUCGACAUCUGCUUCUGCUCUGCCUGUCGAGAGGAAGCCUCUUGUUUGUGUACUUGGAGUGCCAAAUCAUAUGACUUAUGCAGACUUUUGCCAGUUUUGUGGUUCUUUCAUUCAUGAAAUUUUGGAGAUGCGAGUUGUCAGAGGCGAUGGGGUGGAGGAUAGGUACAGUAUAUUAAUAAGAUUUCGAAGUCAGGAUUCAGCCGAUAACUUCUACAAGCAUUUGAAUGAGAGGCGUUACUCAUCGUUGGAGGCAGAAGUUUGUCGCGUGUUUUUCAUGGUUGAUGUUCAGUACACAGCCUCAAUUGAGCAUGCACAUGCAUCCCCCGCAAGUUCAACCGAGCAGCCAACAUGUCCAGUCUGCCUGGAUAGAUUAGACCAAGAGACUAGUGGAAUUCUUACUACUAUCUGCAAUCAUUCCUUCCAUUGUUCGUGCAUAUCAAAAUGGACUGAUUCCUCUUGUCCAGUGUGCCGAUAUUGUCAGCAGCAGCCUGAGCAAUCAGUGUGUUUUAUUUGUCAGACUUCUGAAAACUUGUGGAUUUGUGUUAUCUGUGGCUUUGUUGGCUGUGGCAAGUAUAAAGAAGGGCAUGCUAUAGUACAUUGGAAAGAAACACAACACUGUUAUUCUCUUGAGUUAGAAACUCAACGCGUAUGGGAUUAUGCAGGAGAUAAUUAUGUCCAUCGUUUGAUCCAAUCCAAAACGGAUGGGAAAUUGGUUGAGUUGAAUUCAUAUUGUGCUCAUGCUAAUGACGGGUGCAUGAGUUGUGGUGGUGUAGAUGCUGCAACUAGUGAGGCUCUUUUGAACAGUAGAGUUGAACUUAUUGUCAAUGAAUACAAUGAACUGCUUACCGGUCAACUCGAAAACCAAAAACUAUAUUUUGAGUCGCUGCUACUAGAAGUCAAAGAAGAAACUGAAAGAGAAAUAUCUAGAGCUAUUGAGAAGACCAUCAAUCAAAAACUGCAGAAGAUGCAAGCUAAGCUGGAUAAGUGCAUCAAGGAGAAAAAAUUUAUAGAUGAUUUGAAUGAGAAUCUCUUGAAAAAUCAGGAGAUAUGGAAAACAAAGAUCCUUGAAAUGGAAGAAAGGGAAAAAAAGACUUCAGAAGCGAAGGACAACAAAAUACAGGCUUUAGAAGGGCAGCUUGGAGAACUAAUGGCAUACCUAGAAACUGGUCAGCAGAUGGAGGAGCUAUCAGUAUCAAGUGAGUCCAGAGAUGCCAGCAUUCUGCCAAUAUCAGCAGAGACAUCUUCUAAGAACAGUGGCAAAGGAAGCUCCAAGUCCAACAUCAAGAAAAGAAGCUAAGUUUGAUCAUCGACGUCGCCACGGUCUGUCUAUUCCAACUUUAUUUUUCGCCUGUCUAUUCCAACUCUAUUUUUUGCCGUAUCUUACACAUACGAACAUGAAUUUGACUGUCUUCAGUAAGCAAUUAAGGCAUUGUAAAUGAAGAAAGAAAUACUUUUGCACCAAUAAAGAGCCUUAUUACUUGUUUGUGCUGAGU